UGCUGGGAGGUGGGCGGGUGCCGAGUGCAGACGAGCCUCCCGCGUGCUCUCCCCGCCCCUCCCUGCUCUCGGAGACAGAGCCACGCGCCCGAGCUCGCAGCCGCUCGCUGUCUCUCCCGGAGCUGCCGCCGCUGCUGCCACCGCCGAGAUGCCUCCCCCCGGCCUGGAGCUGAUGAGCGGCCGGGUGCUCCCGGCCUUCCUGCUCUGCAGCACGCUGCUAGUCAUCAAGAUGUACGUGGUGGCCAUCAUCACGGGCCAAGUGAGGCUUCGGAAGAAGGCUUUUGCCAACCCUGAGGAUGCUCAGAGACACGGAGGCCUCCAGUAUUGCCGGAGCGACCCAGAUGUGGAACGUUGUCUCAGAGCCCACCGGAAUGACAUGGAGACCAUCUACCCCUUCCUGUUCCUGGGCUUCGUCUACUCCUUCUUGGGGCCUGACCCCUUCGUUGCCUGGGUGCACUUCCUGGUCGUCUUCCUGGGCCGCAUGGUGCACACCGUGGCCUACCUGGGGAAGCUGCGGGCGCCCACCCGCUCUCUGGCCUACACCCUGGCCCAGCUCCCCUGCGCCUCCAUGGCCCUGCAGAUCGUCUGGGAAGCAGCUCGCCACCUGUGACCAGCCGCUGACACUUCCUCGGCCGCCAGACCCCCGGCCACGAGCCACCGGGAGACCAGGUGCCCCUCUGAGAUUGUGAUAGGCCCCGGGGCCUGGUAUCCUGGCAACCAGUUGGAUUCCUGGGUGAAGCCACCGAUUGGAACUGUUUAGAGACCGGUUGUCAUGACUGAUAGAAAAUCCUUCCACUUAAAGAACAGAGCAUGAAAAGUAUCCCUCCCUCUUCCUCCCCAAGUCUGGGAAGGGUGAGCAGAGACUCAGUUCAGGUUUCUGAACCUAACGACCCUCUGAAUGCAGGGCUGUAAUAAAUAAGGACUUCUCACCUCCA